GGUUUUGCUGCCUUCAAACCUGAACUCCUUCAAGUCUCUGCACUCAAUAAUGCACAAAUGACUCGGCUAUAGAGUUGGAAUAAUACAGAGAAAGGGAACCGUCCAAGGAAGGUAAUUGGCGCAUUCAUUGGACUUCUCAUGAGUGGAAUAAAAUACACCAAACUAGCUGCCUUCUUGGAAUUUAACCAGUUCUACCAGCCUUUCAAUUAUAUCCUUCUCCAAAACUUCAGGAAGCACAACUGGGCUCGUGUGCAAUUAUCACGCCAAUCUUCUAUUCUCUGAGGCAUUGAAGCGAACAGGUGAAGCUCGUCAAAGUUUGGCCCAAGUCCGCUCUCCUAAGCUUCCGCUAUAAAAAAACAAGCAGAAACGAUGUGGGACUAAACAAAAGGAAAACAGUUCUUCACCUUUCCGGAUUCGUUUUCGGUUUCUCGUCCUGGCUUUUUGCUUCCGGCGGCACUUUGUUCUCUCUCUCUUUCUCUCGCCUCGAUUCCACUUGCCGCGGAAUUCGUCUCCAAUCGCUCGCCGCCGCCGGAUCUCAAUAUCUCGUCAGGAAGAAAGGCGUGAGGAAGUUUCUUAAAUCUCAGUUCAUCGUAUGUCAGCUAUUUGACAUGAUAUCGUUGCAAGAGGCUAUUCUCUUUGUUGUUUCUUUCCUAUAGUAGUUUAUUUUGAGAGCUUUUUGGUGCUGUCAUGGCAUUAUGAUGAGUUACAUUAAUCUGAAAUUUCACCUGUAUAGAUUAACAGGAUGCUCAGUUUGAGAUAUUCUCCAUCACUUAUGGCAGGAAGAUUGGAAUUGAGUAAUGUUUCUCAAAAGCCAAAUGGUAUAGUGGUUUGUGCUGCAAGGGGCCCAAGACCCAGAUUUCCUCGUGUAUGGAAAUCCCGAAAUAGAAUCGGGACCAUUUCCAAGUCACAAAAGCUUGUUGAAUGUGUAAAGGGGUUAUCAAAUGUGAAGGAGGAAGUUUAUGGAGCUCUUGAUUCAUUUAUUGCCUGGGACUUAGAGUUUCCUCUGAUCGUAGUGAAGAAGGCAUUGAAGACACUUGAGAUUGAAAAAGAGUGGAAGAGAAUAAUUCAAUUGAUUAAGUGGAUGUUCAGCAAAGGUCAAGGAAAGACUAUGGGAAGCUAUUACACUUUGUUAAAUGCUUUAGCUGAGGAUGGGCGAUUGGAAGAGGCUGAGGAACUUUAUAUGAAGAUAUUUUCCCAAUAUCUGGAAAGCUUACCUCGUGUUUUCUUUAUGAAAAUGAUCACGUUAUACUACAAUAAAGGCAUGCAUGAAAAGAUGUUUGAGAUUUUUGCUGACAUGGAAGAACUGGGCAUCAGGCCUGAUGGAUCAAUAGUGAGGAUGCUAGGCGAUGUAUUUCAGAAAUUAGGUAUGUUGGACAAGUACGAUAAGUUAAAGAAGAAAUACCCACCUCCUCGAUGGGAAUAUCGUUACAUCAAAGGGAAGCGUGUCAGGAUCCGGGUGAAUCAACCAGACAAAUCAAAUGCAGAGGCUUGUACUAGCCUUGACAAUAAGUAGAUCCAUCGUACUUUGUUGUACUCCACUGCAGCUGGGGACUUCUAAAACAAGCAGUGCACUCGUACAGGAACUAUAAUCAGGGUAGAUGGGUCUGUGAUUAUUCAGAUAUUGGCACAAGAUCUGAUUGAUUGCCCCACAAGAUCAAGGCAAAGGUAAUGAAAUAGGCUGAAAACACAAUAGCUGGUGGAACCCUACCUUGAAGAACCUUAACUGGUGAAAUCCUAGAAUCUCUUUUUUUUCCAACAGUUGGGCAUAAGAACUGUCAGUGCAUGAUUCUCUGAUUACAUUCUUCACUCCUGUCUGUAAUCUAAUUGAUACUUGGUUGUUAAAGCAAUGAUGUUUGCUUACCCAAAGAAGUGUUAAAAAGACAAAAAAAAAAAAGGUUUCUGAUUAUAGUGUCAAAUGUUGUCGCUAGAGAAGAGGAGAGCAAAGACCUUUGAGAUGGAAAAGAUCAAAUUAUUGGUUCAAGUUAUUGACUGCAAAACGGAUGCUCAUGGAUGCCAUGCCAUUUAAUUUA